AUGACAAAGAAGAAGAAAGGAAACGAGAAACCUUAUUGUUGGUAUUGUGAACGUACAUUUGAUGAUGAGAAGAUUCUAAUCCAACAUCAAAAGGCAAGACAUUUCAAAUGCACGCAUUGCAAUAGAAAGUUGGCAAGUGCGAGCGGCAUGGUAGUACACGUGCAGACCGUACACAAGGAGGUCUUGACAAAGGUACCAAACUCAAAGCCUGGAAGAGAGAGUGUAGAGUUUGAGAUCUAUGGAAUGGAGGGUAUACCAGAUGAUGAGGAACUGGAGAGAGCAGAUAAGAGACAGAGAACUGGUGGUGAUGGUAGACAAGGUGAUGGUGGUAGACAUGGCGAUGGUCGACAGGGUGAUGGUCGACGAGGUGAUCAUGACUCGGCACCACCUCCACCUCCACCAGGUUAUCCAGGAUUCAUGGCACAAAACAUGCCACCACCACAUUGGUUGCCACCUUAUGGCGCACCAUUCCCACCUCCUGGAAUGCCAUACCCACCUUAUCCUCCACAUCCAAAUGGUCCACCUCAUGGCAUGCCACCAAUGCCACACAUGAAGUUCCCUCCAAUGAUGGGCAUGGGAAUGUUCAAGCCACCACCUGGCAUGCCUCCAAUGCACAUGCCUCCACCUCCACCAGGUGUCCAGGGCAUGCCCGUGAUGGGUGGCCCUCCACCACCUCCUCCUCCAUCAACACCUCCUCCACCUCCUCCUCCCAUCACAAACAACAGCAAUAACAUCAAUAGCAAUAACAACACAAUCAACAGCAGCAACGCAUUCAACCAUCCGAAUGGUCAACACAAUGGCUCGACAGAGUCUUACAGCGAUGCGGCACAGCCUCCUCCACCUCCACCUCCAGCAACAAGCACACCGACAUCUUUCACCGUGGCUUCGGGGGCAGCAACGAAUACUACACCAUCCAAGGCAACAGCGCCAACAAACACUUCCACCAUCGUCAAGUCUGCCGCGGCCAUCGUGACCACACAUAACCAGACACCUGGCACCCACCUAGUCUACACCGAGGACAAUGUAUCAAUGAAGAAGUUGUAG